AUGUAUGAUCAUGAUCCUCUAGUCUACUCCACAGAUAUUCCUCUCUGUGAGGCUCUAAGUUUAGCAUGGAGUCUGGUGGAGCAGACGAGUGACUCACUGCUUCCAGCACUGUCUGUUGGAACAGACGGGAGUUCGGGCUUCACAAGCAACUGCGCCAUCUUACUGGAGAUCCAUGUUCAAUAUAACUCGCUAAGCUACAUAUGGCUCUGUUGUCGUAUCAUUUCUGGACAUGAAGCCCUAAAGGAAACUAUGAUUAGUCUUGAUGAGGAAUUCAGUGGCAAGGCCGAAUAUCCCCUGGUCAUGAAGGUCACACAUGGAUAUGGUGUUCUGUCCACCAGCGGACACAGAUGGAAGGAGAUGCGAAAAUUCUCUCUUAUGACUCUGAAGAGCUUUGGAAUGGGCCGCAGGAGCAUCGAGGAACGUGUCAGGGAGGAGGCUGAAUAUCUUGUGGAAAUUAUUAAAAAAUGACAUGAACUCUAAACUCUUCAUCUUAUUACCUGGAUCUUGUGUUAUUUUCCCCUUAAAGGCUCUGCAUUCAGCCCUGCAGACAUGCUGUCUAAUGCCGUGGCCAAUGUGAUCUGCAGCAUUGUCUUUGGCCAUAGGUUUGAAUUUGAGGAUCUACAGUUUAAGUUUCUCCUUCAGACAGUAAAUUCUGUCUUCGCAAUACUCAACAGCCCUCUUGGACAGAUCUAUAAUGUAUUCCCUAAGCUAGUCAGUCUCUUUCCUGGUAAACACCACCAGCUGUUUAGAGACACAGACAAGGCCAGAGAGUACUGUAAACAUCAAGCCAGGGCUCGGAUGAAUAAUGUGGAUCCCUUCUGCCCACAGGACUUCAGUGAGGCCUUUGUGGUAAAAAUUCAAGAGGAGAAAGACAAGUCUGACACAGAAUAUCAUUUUGAAAACUUGGUUUCUUUAGUAUGGAACUUGUUCAGCGCCGGCACAGAAACCACUUCAUCCACCAUCAGACACGCUUUGCUUCUGAUGAUGAAGCACCCAGAUGUUCAAGAGCAUGUUCAGCGGGAAAUUGAUGAGGUUGUAGGAAAGGACCAUUGGCCCUCCAUUGAAGACAGACAGAAGCUGCCAUAUACAGAUGCUGUAAUUCACGAGAUACAGCGCAGUAUGGAUCUCGCCCCCAUCGCUGUCCCACACAAGAUGAUGUGCGACACUGAAUACAAUGGUUAUAUCAUUCCUAAGGGAACAAUGGUUUUUCCACUGCUAUCCUUUGUGCUGAUUGACCCAAAACGGUGGAAGAACCCAAAUUGUUUUGAUCCUGAGAACUUCCUGAAUGAAGAGGGCCAAUUUGUGAAGAAUGAUGCAUUUGUUGUAUUCGGCAUGCGCAAGCGUGUGUCUCGUGAGGCUCUGGCUCGCACAGAACUCUUUCUCUUCUUCACUUCCCUCCUUCAGCACUUCACCUUCAAGGCCAUGGUGCCACCAGAAGAGCUUGACACAAAGCCUACAGCCUGCGGUUUUGGCCGCAUACCCCACAGAUACGAGUGCUAUGCCAUUCCUAGGAUAUAGAGGAAGGAACAGUCCACAAAGGCUGCAUGCAAAGAUUAGUCAUUUUACCUGCAUUUUCCUGCAAAUACUACAGCUACUAUUUUUUGAUCUUCCUACAAUAAGACAUCCAUACAGAGCUUAUUCCAUGUGGAAAGAUUGGUACUUUCAGUGAAAAUGUCUAUUGAAUUGCACACAGAUCGUCUUAAAAAAGAUUGUAGUAACAUUUACAAUCGUAUCUGCAAUCAGAAUUUUGUAGAGUGAUUAAAAAACUUACGAACUGUUUUUUAUGAAAAACUGACCAAAAACUUAUUGGAUCAGGGAACACAGUGCUGACUAUACAGUUUUUUGUAAAUCAUAUUUUUUUGUAAAUCAUUAUAUUACAGUCAUUGUAUAUUAAAUAUAUAUAUUUAAAUAUAUAAUAAUUGUGUGAAAAAAUAUGAGAAAUUGUACAUGACUGAGAUGUGGCUGUGGCUAUAUUAAAUACACAUUUAAUAUACCUCAAGAGUAAAAAGAUUAGCUGCUGUCAUGUUAACUGUUGAUAAAAUGAGAAAAUGUAUGGCCUUUUCACAAGAUAGCAGAAAUGAGCAUUGCUCAAUACAGGUUUCUCAGCCAAGGUCCACAAGGGGCCUCUGCAAACUUCUUGGUAUUGUUAACAUUUAUAACAAUACCAACAUUUAUAUACCAACAUUUAUAACAAUACCAAAAGUACAUUUCUUACUUAAGCUAAUUUUUCAUCUAUAUUUUUUGUUUUUAUUUAAAAUUAGACAUAUCUGAUAACAUUUUAAUCUCCAAUCUGUUGUUUAGCAGUUUGGGUAUUUCUUUAAUGCUUCACUAACUAUCAGAAGACACUAACCAGGUUUAAAUUCCAGUUGCGCAGAUAGGGUUCGUUGUAACACUGCGUUACAAUGUGCCCCACUAUUAGAACUAUACUAUUCUAUACAGUUAUGAUACAACUGGCAUAAUCAACUUUUAUGAAUUUCUGUUGAGAAACCAUGGGGAAAAAGGUGAAUAAAGACUGAGAGGAAGAACAUCCAGAAAAUAUUAUUUCAAGAAAUGUUCAGCAUUUGCAUACUGGCUCAUCUAUUUGUCUCGUGUUCUGUGAGAGCUGUGAUUGGAGUGUUUUUGUUCAGCUCUGUGUUUUUCUGAAUGUCUGGAUAUGUUUCUUCAUCUGUUUGCCUGUAUUCUUUUUGACCAGUGCUGUAUAGCUGUGUUUUGCAGAGUGUUCAUUGUUAAUUAAAUCAUAUAACAUUUUUAGCUGUCAUAUGGUCAUGUUACAACGUGCCCCACCUAUGGGGCAUGUUGUCACAUUUCACUUCCCUUAUUUCGGUGUAAAUAAAAAAAAAAAAAAGUAUACACUGUAUUAAUGAAACAAAGCCACAUAUUUGUACCAGACGUGUGAAAUUAAUGUGAAACAAAAGAAAUUCUCUGAACCCUAAGUACAUUUACACAAACUGAGAAAGUCAAAAAGCGUUAGGUUGCUACUUCAUUAAACUUACAUCAUAUUCUUUAUUUAUUUAUUUUUUAAUAAAUAAACAUAUUCCUUCAAAUGUCCAACACAACAACAAAAUCAAUUAUGUCUAAUGAAAAAAAAAAAAAAAAAAAAUCACAACUGGAAAACGAAUAUGUUAUUAAUAAGUUCCAUUAGUCAAGUUAAGUAAUAUAACUCGUCUAAU